AUGUCGCUGCCGGCAAAGCUGCACAUCUGUGCCGCGCCCCAGAGUGUCGGUGAGAAGUGGAAGCUGAUUGGCCGCCAAUUUGCCCAUGACGAGAUGGGUGUUAUGAUGACUCCAAGCUCGUACAGCAUGGUCGUAAUCAUCUAUCCUGACGGAGUGGUCCAGCCGAGUGCGGAGAUUCGUGCUCUCGAAAACAAGUUGAUGGCGGCAGCACCGGCUGCGACGGUGAAUGUGACCGCUGUAGCCCAGCAGCUGCAGCAGGUCAGCGUCUCCGGACCGGCCGCCAAGGGUAAGGGUAAGGGUAAGGGAAAGGGCAAGGCUUCAGCUCCGGCUCCGGCCCUGGCCUCGGUGCCACCCUCAUCCGGUGGCGGGAAUGAGGACCUUGCUCGGUUCCCUCGACGGCCAGCAUACGGAACGACUGGUGCUUCGGUUGUUGUCUGGGCCAACUUUUUCGAGCUGAGCUUCGGUCGACUGCCACAGCUGAUGCAGUAUAACGCACAGGUCACAAAGAUUGGCCGUAUCGUCCGCCAGGAUGCAGGCAGCAAGGGCAAAGAGAUCCUUAAGCUGCCAUACACGUCGAUGCUCGGGCCCGAUGCACCGGCCGAUACGUCGACGGCGCCCGAGGUCAAGGGCCCGCUGCUGCGCAAGGUGUUGCGCUACGUGCUGACGGAACGGCUGAUCAACAUCCCGGCGGCGAGCGAGCUGAAGAGCAAGAUCAUCACGCUGGCCCCGCUACCCGGAUGGUUGGGCAAUCCGCCGGUGCUGGAUGACGUUGAGUUCGAAGGCAGUGUGUUCCGCGUGCAGUUCGACGGCCCGGUGGUGCUGCCGCUGGACGGCCUUCAACACUGGCUGCGCACGAUGCGAGACGAGCGCGACAUCAAUGACAGUUUCUUCCCCAAGUUCCCCGAUGUGGUGGACGCAGUCGGCAUCCUGCUGGGCCACGCGCCGCGUAUGGCCACGCCCGGGACGACGACCGUGGGCAGCAGCCGGUUCUUCACGACCGACAUGCCGGCAGAACGGACUUCGCUGGGCAACGGCUUUCUCGAGACCGUGCGUGGAUAUUUUCAGAGCGUCCGGCCGGCCACCGGACGGCUUCUGCUCAACGUCAACGUGACCCACGGCAUCUUCCGUGAGGCCGGUCGGCUGCCCGACAUCCUGCGACGUGCCGGCCGACCGACGGUGCGGCUGCACAACAUGUUGAAGAACAUGCGCGUAGGCGUCGAUAUUCCGGGUGUCGGCCGCCAGGACUACUCCAUGGGCGGCCUUGCCCGACGAAGCGACAAUAUGCGCGGCCGAGGACGACGGAACAGCGGUGGUAGCGGCCACAGCGGCAGCAGUGUCGACGACGUUCUGCACGUGCGCCAGGACUUUGCCCGGCCGCGUGAAGUCGAAUUUCGGUACAGCGCAGGGUCAAAUCCGAUUGCAGGGCUGAAGGACAACUCGAUGGUGACGGUGUAUGAUUAUUUCCAAAAGAAAUAUCACGUCCAGCUGAUGGACAUUCCUGUUAUCAACCUCGGCAAGCGCGACAACCCGCGCUACUAUCCGGCCGAGUGGUGCACCCUGCUGCCCGGACAGCCGGUCAAGGCACGGUUGAGCGCGAGCGAGUCGGCGGCCAUGAUCCUUUUUGCCUGCCGCACGCCGGUCGAGAACGCGCGGUCCAUCACCGGGCUGGCCCGCCAGGUACUGCAGCUGGACGGUGGUGGCAGUGGUGGCAGCGAGCUCUUCCGCCAGUUCGGCCUGACUGUGGCGAACCGCAUGGUGGCCGUGGACGCUCGUGUGCUGGACUCUCCACGCAUCCAGUACGCCAAGAAGGACCCGGUGCGCGUGGCCAAGGGUUCCUGGAACCUCAACGGCCAGCGCGUCGUGCAGGCCGGCCGGCCGAGCAGCCGUGAUGUCCCGUGGACGUAUGUCCACCUCCUCAAGUUCGGCACCCAGUCGGCCGACAGCGGAGACAUCGCCCGGGCCGUCGGCGAGUUUGGCCGCUUCCUGCGCAACAACCUGGGCGUGCCAGUGCGCGAACGUCCCAUCCCGCUGCAACGCCAUGAGUACAACACCCAGGCAGACCCGCUGGACGGUGAGGCCGCAGUGCAGCACGCGCUGCAAGGGCUGCAGCAGCUGAAGCCGGCCGACCGUCCGCGCGUGGUGCUGUUUGUGCUGCCGGGCAACGCUGACAAGGACCUGUAUGCGUCCAUCAAGCUGCAGGGCGACACCGUCUUUGGCGUGCACACAGUGUGCGUGAUCGGCAAGAAGCUGACCAAGACGCGGCCGGGCAACAACUUCGGUGGCUUUGACCCGCAGUACUUUGCCAAUGUCGGGCUCAAGUUCAAUCUCAAGCUGGGCGGUGUCAACCACCGGCUAAGUGACGAUGUGAAGGAUCUCGGGCUGCUGUCUGAAGGCAAGACCAUGGUUGUCGGUUAUGAUGUCAUCCAUCCGACGAAUCUGGGUCUCGGUGGUUCGUCUGCGAGCAGCAGCGGCGAUGCAGCUGCCACGCUGCCCAGUCAGGUCGGCCUGGUAGCCAGCAUCGACCGUCAUCUGGCCCAGUGGCCGGCCGUGUGCUGGGAGCAGCGUGGUCGCCAGGAGAUGGUCAGCGCCCAGCUGACGGCGGCCAUGCGCAGUCGCCUGAUUCUGUGGCGCGAGCACAACAAGGCUCUGCCGCAGAAAAUCCUAGUGUAUCGUGACGGCGUGUCCGAGGGCCAGUUUGCCCAGGUGCUGGACGUCGAGCUGCCGCUGAUCCGUGCUGCCGCCAAGGACCUGUACCCGGCGAACGCACCGCAGCCGGCUGUCAGCAUCAUCGUGUCGGUCAAGCGUCAUCACACCCGCUUCUUUCCCACGCAGAGCGGCCACGACACCGGCAACAUCUCCUGCGGCACCAUUGUCGACCGCGGUGUCACUCUGCAGCGGUACUGGGACUUUUACCUGACCGCCCACACGGCCAUCAAGGGCACUGCUCGCCCGGCGCACUACACUGUGCUCUAUGACGAGAUCUUCCGGCCAAAGUUCCCCGGAAACGGCCAGGCUGCUGUAAACGCGCUCGAGACCCUGACCCAUAACAUGUGCUACAUGUUCAACCGCGCCACCAAGGCCGUCAGCGUCUGCCCGCCUGCGUACUAUGCCGAUCUGGUGUGCACGCGUGCUCGUCUGUACCAGGCUCGCGAUUUUGACCGCAUUCUGGCGAGCCAGGCUGGCGGUGCUUCCGACACGGCCAGCCAGAUCAGUGGGUCGACUGCGCUCACGACCAUCGGGGCCCUGCCGCGCGUGCAUGCGAAUAUCGAAAAUGACAUGUUUUAUGUGUAG